AGAGAAGAUCCAACUUUGCCAUCCAGAAAUCCUCACUGUCCCUGCGACGACUCCACGAAGAAAGUAUAGAAAAUUAGGAAAAAAACAAGAAUCUAGAGAGAGAAAGAAACGAGGAGACAGCGAGGAAGGCAGACGUAGAGGAGUAGGCAUUAAUGGCGGAUAGUAAGAAGGAGAAGAACAUUCAUGGUGAUGAGAGCGUCAAGCUGUUUGUAGGUCAAGUGCCGAAGCAUAUGACCGAAGCUCAGUUGCUCGCAUUGUUCAAAGAGUUCGCUCUGGUAGACGAGGUCAACAUUAUUAAGGAUAAGGCCACUCGCGCCUCCAGAGGGUGUUGUUUUGUGAUAUGUCCGUCGAGGCAAGAGGCGGAUAAGGCAGUCAAUGCUUGUCAUAAUAAGAAGACACUACCAGGGGCAUCUAGUUCAUUGCAAGUGAAGUAUGCGGAUGGCGAGUUGGAAAGGCUAGAGAACAAGCUUUUUGUUGGCAUGCUUCCAAAGAAUGUUUCAGAAGCCGAAGUUUCUGCUCUAUUUUCUAAAUAUGGAACCAUAAAAGACUUACAGAUUUUAAGAGGUUCUCAGCAAACAAGCAAAGGAUGUGCAUUUUUGAAGUAUGAGACUAAAGAACAAGCCCUUGCUGGUCUUGAGGCCAUCAAUGGAAAUCACAAGAUGGAGGGUUCUAGUGUUCCCCUGGUUGUCAAGUGGGCAGAUACAGAAAAGGAAAGACAAACUCGGAGGGCUCGUAAGGCUCAUUCUCAAGCUUCUAAUGCGGCAGGUAGUGAUUCACAACCUCCUUCAUUAUUUGGAGCUUUGCCAAUGGGAUAUAUUCCCCCCUAUAAUGGAUAUGGAUAUCAGGCUCCUGGUACCUAUGGACUUAUGCAGUACCGUAUACCAGCAAUGCAGAAUCAAGCGCCUUUCCAUAAUAUGAGUCCUCCAGUAAACCAAGGAAAUGCAUUGCGUGGAAUCACACCAGACCUUGCCUCUAGUAUGACUCCCAGAAAUUAUCCAAUGCCUCCUGCGAGUUAUUUGGGGUCUGCGUAUCCUGGCAUUCGGUAUCCCAUGUCAUAUCCUGGAGGAAUGAUGAGUCAUCAGCCUUUGAGUGUUUCACCUAGUUCUCCGCCAUCUUCAAGUGCUGGUACAAGUUCGGGGGGUCAGGCUGAAGGUCCACCUGGUGCCAAUCUUUUCAUAUAUCACAUACCUCAAGAGUUCGGUGAUCUAGAGCUUGCCAAUGCUUUCCAACCAUUUGGAAAGGUUUUAAGUGCUAAGGUUUUUGUUGACAAAGCAACUGGUGUCGGCAAAUGCUUUGGAUUUGUCAGUUAUGACUCUCCAGUAGCUGCUCAAGCUGCUAUUAGUACGAUGAACGGGCGCCAGUUAGGAAGUAAGAGAUUGAAGGUACAACUUAAGAGAGACAAGCAGAGUUAACCUUAUUGAUUGGAAGGUGAGUCAUGGAAGGAAGCAGAAUACCCAUAUGUGGUGGCAUGCAACCUGCAAAUAUUCAAAUUGACACCUGUUUCGAAAUCUUAGGGGUCGAUUGAGAUGAUCUGUGAUUAUAGCAUUACUGUGCAUCCUUCCUGUAAUUACCUCAGAGGAUAGAAAUCCUGGAAAGCUGUAAUUCAUGGUGCACUCAGCACCAAUACAAUCUGUAAUGUGUACCAUGAAAGUUUCUUUAGACAUUGAUUCUUGAUUUAUUGAUUUUUCACUCAAGAACAUCUUUCCCUAAUUUUAUAUUGUAGUUUCAAGCAAAAAUCCAUUUUUAUA